UGGCCCCCAAAUAGAGAGAGAGAGGACGUAUUCACCGUGGAACAGUCUGGGCCUGUGUAAUUAAACGACCGUGGAGGCCUCGAGUCCAUUUUUCACCUCCAUCCAUUCCAUCCACUAGAGUAGUAGUAAGUCGUUGAACGCAACCGUUUAGAGUAGAGUUGAAUUGAUGAUGGCUCCUCCUCCUCAGGUGAAGAAGAAGAGGAAGGGUGAAAAAAAGGCGAAUCCUCCUGUAGAUCCGGAGGCUAUCGACUGCGACUGGUGGGAUACUUUCUUCCUCCGAAACUCUUCUCUCUCAGGUGUUAGCGUCCCCUUGGAGGAAGAAGAUGCGUUCAAGUACUUCUUUAGGGCUUCCAAGACCACAUUUAGCUACAUCUGUUCCCUCGUCAGGGAGGAUCUUAUCUCCAGGCCUCCCUCCGGACUCAUCAACAUCGAAGGCAGGCUUCUCAGCGUCGAGAAACAAGUCGCCAUUGCUCUCCGUAGGUUGGCUUCCGGUGAUUCUCAGGUCUCCGUCGGUGCUGCCUUUGGCGUUGGCCAGUCCACCGUCUCUCAGGUCACCUGGAGAUUCAUCGAAGCCCUCGAGGAACGCGCCAAGCACCAUCUUAGAUGGCCUGACUCCGACAGAAUCGAAGAGAUCAAAUCCAAGUUCGAGGAGAUGUACGGUCUCCCCAACUGCUGCGGUGCGAUAGAUACGACGCACAUCAUCAUGACUCUCCCAGCUGUGCAAGCAUCUGAUGACUGGUGCGACCAGGAGAAGAACUACAGCAUGUUUUUGCAAGGUGUCUUUGAUCACGAGAUGAGAUUCCUCAACAUGGUCACCGGCUGGCCUGGCGGUAUGACCGUCUCCAAGCUUCUUAACUUGUCUGGUUUCUUCAAACUCUGUGAGACCGGUCAGAUUUUAGACGGCAAUCCCAAAACGUUAUAUCAAGGAGCUGAGAUUAGAGAGUAUGUGGUUGGAGGUUUCAGCUACCCGCUUCUUCCUUGGCUUAUAACUCCUCACGACACCACCGGGGAUGAUCCCGUCAUACUGGCUUUCAACGACAGGCACGAGAGGGUGAGGUCAGUGGCUGCUACGGCCUUUGCACAGCUAAAAGGAAGCUGGAGGAUUCUCAGCAAGGUUAUGUGGAGACCAGACAGGAGAAAAUUACCAAGUAUAAUAUUGGUGUGUUGUUUAUUGCAUAACAUCAUAAUAGAUUGUGGAGAUUAUCUGGAAGAAGAUGUUGCUUUAUCGGGUCAUCACGACGUGGGAUAUUCAGAGCGGUACUGCAAGCAGAGCGAGCCGCUUGGUAGUGAGCUCAGAGGAUAUCUGACUGAGUAUUUACAGAGGUGAGAAUAGACUUUCUUCAGAAUUUGAGAGAGACGUAUCGCUUCUCAAAAGCCCAUCCUACCAAAAGUCCACUGAGCAAUGCAGCAUCAGUAGCCCAAGAAAAUAUCUAGGAGGGGAGAAAAUGUUAUGAAACUUUUUCUUGUAGUAUAAAAAUCGAUCUGUCCUCUUAUUUGAUAAAUUAUCAAACAGAAGUGUUUAUUUUGCAAAUGUAUUGUUGGGUUCC